UCAGUGCUGAAAAAUGGCUUCUCUGAGGAGCCCGUCUUCGCCGUCCGACGGUUAUAAAAGGUUUAGUGACGAAUUUACAUCUACCAGCGUCAACAAUUACGGCUCAAACGUGACAAACACUCGGACGGGCACAGAUGGCGCCGGCGACGCGGGCGCCCUCGACAUGGGCAGCCGGUCGUCGCUGCACACCGGCCUGCACAUGUCAGAAGACGAGCACUGGGAGAUGAACUACCAUGAAGCAGCCAUCUAUCUGGAGGAAGGUCAAAACAAUGAAAAAUUCGACUCCCACCCGUCGAGCCCUGAAGAGCUGCCGGCGUACCUUCGCGUCCACAACCCCUGGUACCACGGGCUGGACCUCAUGGCUUCGCUGAUACUCAUCCUGCUGGCCUUCACUGAGGUCCCCGCCGUGCAUGCCUUCGGGCUUCCAGUAUGGGCACACGGCACGAUAGAGCUGCUAGCACUCUCCGUGAUAGGCAUCGAGCUGCACCUGAAACUCAAGUGGAUAGGGUGGAGCACGAUACUCAAACAUAAAAGAACUAUGAUUAAGGGCAUAACUCUCUUCAUCAUGGUGCUAGAAGCAGUGGUGGUGGUGUGUCGGCAGUCGUCCCACUUCCGAGUGACGCGAGCGCUUCGCCCCAUCUUCCUCGUGGACACACGGCACUGCGGCGGCGUUAGACGGUUUAUACGGCAGAUAUUGCAGUCGUUGCCGCCUAUUAUUGAUAUGUUAGGUUUAUUGAUGUUCUUCGUGGCGACGUAUUCGUUGCUGGGCUAUUAUUUAUUUUCGGAGCACGUAGAUAAUGGACACUUCAAAACCAUUAGUGAUUCAUUUGUCAGUAUGUUCGUCUUGCUGACUACUGCCAAUUUCCCAGAUGUGAUGAUGCCUUCGUAUGCUAAGUCGAAGUGGUACGCUUUGUUCUUCAUCUUGUAUAUUAUCACAGUCCUCUAUGUUCUUAUGAAUUUGAUGUUGGCGGUGGUUUACGAGACGUUCACGCGCAUCGAACGCGAGAAGUGCCGCGCGUUGCUCCUGCACCGGCGCCGCGCCGCUCGCCACGCCUUCCGCCUGCUGGUGUCUCGCCGCGCGCCGCUCGCCGUGCGCCUGCGACACUUCGCCGGCCUCAUGAGGCACUAUGCGCCGCACUACUCCGGGUUGGACGUGUACCUGAUGUUCAAGCAGCUCAACCAGUCCGGCACCGGCGGGCUCUCGCGAGCAGAGUUCGCCAACUUGUACGAAGUGUUCGCGCUGCGCUGGCGCGGGCAGGCGGCGCGCGCGCCGUGGUACGCCACGUCGCCGCUCGAGCCCGCCGGACGCGCCGCCGCCGCCGCUGUUAGAUGGCCGUACUUUGAAUACUUGAUCUACGCCCUAAUCAUCGGCAACGGCGUGUCCAUGGUGUUGCGGGUGUGUGAAGCGGCCGGCAACCUGCAGGACAGCGCGAGGCUACUCUGUGCCUCAUGGGACACAUGGCUGUUCUUGUCACUGUUCCUGGUGGAGGCAGGGCUACGGAUGGCAGCAUCAGGACUGACUGCGUACCUGGAAAGCGGCUGGAACGUCUUCGACCUUAGUGUGACGCUGCUAGCACUGGUGGGCGCUGUUAUGCUGACUGUAGCGCCUGGACUCUUCAUCGUGGUCAUAUUCAGGCCGCUUAGACUGAUGCGCCUGUACAAGCUGAAGAAACGCUACCGCGACGUGUUCGGUACUCUGGUACUGCUGUCGCCGCUGAUGUCGUCUGCUGGCUGCGUGAUGCUGGUGGUGUACUACUUCUUCGCCAUCAUCGGCAUGGAGCUGUUCUCGCAGUACAACCUGCGGAACUGCUGCGCGAACACAACCGUGGAAGACUUCUACAAGUUCUCGGCGAACGGUUCCACAGCGCUGGGGUACUACUACCUAAACAACUUCGACAACAUCGUCACGAGCGGCGUGACUCUCUUCGAGCUGACCGUGGUCAACAACUGGUUCAUACUCAUGAAUGCUUACGCCACCGUCGCUGGCCAGUUCAGCAGGAUCUAUUUUAUGGUGUUCUACCUGUUCACGAUGGUGGUGCUGACGAUCGUGGUGGCGAGCGUGCUGGAGGCUUUCCGCUUCCGCAUCCAGUACAAGCGCAGUACUACCAAGAGGGACGAGGAGAAGUUACUCCACGAGGAGGUGCACACGAGCUGGGAGGAGGCGCAAAGACUGGGUGCCAGCGGAGACUUGGCUGAAGAGCUGAGGCCGUACUUACCGCCUGGGUCGGAGGUAACGUUUAUCGGGUCGCGGCCGCGGACGAAAGAGGUCCUGCAGCGGAGGAUGUACCAGGCCGACAUACAGAAGUGGCUCGCCGAGGAGGACGAAAAUGAGGGGGUGCCGCCGUCCACGACGCUGACGUCGAGCGAGGACCCGCUGGCGCCGCCGCUGGUGGGCGCGGGCAACGAACAGCGCGUCGCCGUCCGCGGCGGGUACCAGUUGUAGAGGUGGAUACUAGCGGCGCUGCGGCAGCGGGCGCUCCUCAUAUGGGACACUUUGGAGGCGCUGUGACUCCGCGCGCUAGCUCUGUGCGCGCGCCUGCGCAACUUCUUUAGUCGAUAAUCGAAUCGACACAGAACUGUACAAGUGUCAUUCUGUACGAAUGUGUCAAGGUCUUUAGGGCCAGUAGAGGUUUAUAGACUAAGAGCUGGUGAACGCCAGACCUACGUCAUUUUAUAAAAGCUGAGUUUGUCAGCGUAUGCUCCCAGUUGGUGAAUCAUGAAGUUUGGGUCAUCGUGGCUUUGGCAGCUAUCUUAAAAAAACUGUCUGGCAAGGAGUUGGAACUGUUAAAUGUAUCUGGCUGAUGUGGAAACAACUUUACACAACAACGCCGUUCACUAGCUCAGUCUAUUAUUUUUGGGAGUUCUUGUCCGAAUCUUUGUUGGACUUGAAAUUACUGAUUGGAUUUUUGUUUUGUUUAGGACUAACUUAAAUCUGGAUGUAUACCAAUGAUCGUUAGUUUAUUAACUGUGUUAGACCCUCUGACUGGAAAUGUGGAUUUUAGAUGUAAGUUUCAUGAAUGACAUAGCAGCCAUAUUGCAAAAAAGUACACUAAAAAAGUUGAAAUUAACUCGUAACAAUUUCUAAUUGACCUGCAAAUAUUUAAUACAGUUAAAAUAACUUAAAUCUUGUAAAUUCUUAAUAAAAACAAUAUGAAGAGUGCAUGAAUGUAUGAAGAAUAAUGCGAAAUACCAACACCUGUGAUAUGAAAUCAAUGUUUGACCAAUUGCGUGUAAAAUAUUAAAUUAUUAUUUUUAAUAUUUAUUUAACCUUUAUUAGUGAGUUAAGCGUUAUGUUAUUUAAGUCUUGGUUGUUGUGUACCAAAGGCUUAGAUUAAUAAAACCUAGAUGGAUAGUCUUCAUACAAACUGAUACAAACGCUUCGUCAAGAGUGAGGCAAAAAUCUUAUGUCAUUAGUGUCAAUUUUGUUGGGGAGUGUAGACAGUGAAGGCGAUUUUCCCGAAAGUAGGGAAAUUUUUAAUACGUUUUUAAUAAUUUUAUAAUUAACAAAAACAAAACGCAUCAUGUACUUACUUAUUUAUUGAAUUCAAAGUACCUACCUAAUAACAAUAAGAUAAAUCGACUUAAAAGUCUCGAUUUCAUAAAAAAGGAAGUGUAUUUGUACGGCGAACAAUUGGGAAAUAAAUUUUCUUGUUACUGGUAUCAUUCCCGUAUUUAAUUUUUGAAAGCCAAAUUCAAGCAAAAUACGCGUCGAAUCGUAGUACUUACUUAUGAACAUGGACCUAUAAAAAAAGGCGGACGGAACUCGCGCUACAACAAAACUGUGACGCAAAAUUUUGGCGUUUGUCUAUUGUGUGAGUGAAUUUAGGGAUACCAUGUUAGUAAAACAUUUUACCCAUUUAUCUUAAGAAAAACAUAGAUGGGCAGAUAUGUUACUUGGAAAUGUAGACGGAAUUAUAUCGUGCCAUUUGAAAAGGAUGAAAGAUGAAUACGUUGAGGUAGACGCGAAAUUUUCAAAUUUUCUUACUUUGUUUGCAAGUCAGUGUCAGGUACGAUUCACGCAGUUACAAAUUAUCAAUCUUGUGUACCUACGUAAUCAUAAUCUUAUGUAUCAUCAAUAUUAUUAUCUCUGAUAGAUUUUAACAUACAACCUGA